ACUUGCACCACGCAACCAGGCUGAGCGGACAUCGGGAUCAACCACCAGUAUCGGCCUGCUCAUAACAACCGCACUCAACUGAAUCUGAAACAGUCAUUCGCCUCCGCAACCUCAAAUCCGCUUUUCAAAGUUUCGAGAAACCUGUGAGAACGAACUACGCUUACUCACUACGGAACACCCUUUUCGAACGAGCCUGCAGUUCCGCUGCAAAAAGGGGCAUAGAUCGCUAGAAGGUUGUGAAGCACCAUAGAGCCAUCACUUGAGCGAGCUAUCGUCAACAACGCACCAGCCGGACUUGCGAGCAAUUUUCUGCCGCCUCCAGUCUCCCCACCUCCGUUAGCAAAACGACAAUCCCCUCGCUCUCUUACUCUAUUUGGAAAAAUGUCCAAAGCACCAACAACAGCCCACCGCCUCCGUCUCCUCGUCGGCGCCGGCAAAGCAGCCCCCACACCUCCCGUAGGUCCCGCCCUCGGUCAGCGCGGUGUCAAAUCCAUGGACUUUUGCAAAGCUUUCAACGACCGAACAAAGCACUACGUUCCCGGCGUGCCCAUCUCCGUCAAAAUGAUCAUUGAGCCCAACAGGACCUUCACAUUCGAGACGCGCAACCCGCCCACAUCCUGGUUGCUGCUGCAGGCGGCCGGGAUAGAGAAAGGGAGCGCACGGCCGGGCGAUGUGAUUGUUGGGACGGUGUCGGUCAAGCAUGUUUAUGAGAUUGCAAAGAUUAAGGCACAGGAUUCGACGUUCAGGGGUGUGCCGCUGGAGAAGGUUGCGAGCAGGGUGAUAGGGACGGCAAGAGGGAUGGGGAUCAAUGUUGUGAAUUGAUGAUGGGACGCGAGAUGGGGGCGACAGUCAGACGGGAUGGAGAGGGAGAGGGAGAGAGUGCUGUGCGGGGAGCGGGGAUCCAUGGAUUUGUCUUGUCGGAACACCCAGUGCGGGCUAUCCGGAGGAAAUCUAUCUGGCAUACUCAUUCGAUGACCCUCAGCAAAACCCAGAUAGAGAUGGACUGGGGAAGUCUGCGAGGAUUGGGCUUACUGGGUCUAAACGACAACUCCUGGAUGGGGGGAAGACCAUACAUGUAUUUAACGUUUGCAUACACAUACCAUAUAGCUUCCUUUUGCGGAGAAC